AUGCAAUAUCAGUUACCCCCGCCUCUUGGUCACGCCGUUCCUAUAUCGAAGGAGCACGCUAUCUCUGUGCAUUUCCCUGCCUGGGCCGAUGUGGCGGGUUAUGGAGCAGGAAAUGUAGAAGUCUCAAAGGCUCUACAAAAUGGUUACCCCAGAACCUUUCUGCAUACAUACGUUCAAAAGUUUUUUGACCUGUGUCUCCGGAGUCUCCCAACACCCGUGGAAAGCAUUGCUGUGUUUCCUGAUUACGGCAGCGCAGCAGACUGCCGAUCUUUCCUUAUUGAUAAGACGCUCAACCCAGAUAAUCCCGUCGAUGAGAAGGAUACAGUGCUUUUUGCUGUGACAAUUAGCAAGGGAUCUUCUCAAUCCGAAGCCGACUUUUCCUGUAUCCCUCAACUCUAUGCCGUUACGCAUCCGCAUGCUGCAGAAGGACAGAAAAUGACGUUCUGGCGGUUGAAUGGCCGUGGAAUCUCUUCGAGGCUGGCAAAGCAAUGUCUCCAAGGUAGCGAAUGCAAAUUAACGCCUAUCGCAGGCUCGCUUGAGGAGUCAUCCUCUAUCAAAGAUUUGCCUCUCUAUGACACUCUUCGCAAGCGGGUAGCCGACCUGAUGUCGCGCGCCCCGAUUGAUACCAAGAAGGAUACUCUGCCGACCAGUAAUGAUGUGUAUCUCAGCGCAUCGGGUAUGGCUGCGCUAUAUCAUGUGAAUCAGUCACUUCUAAAAUGGCGAAGCUCUGACAUUGUUAUGCUCGGCUUUCCGUAUGAGCUGUCUAUCAAGAUGAUUGAGACUAUUGGCCUACCCUAUCACCUUUACAGCUUCGGUCUCGAUAGAGAUAUCGAUGAUCUGGAAGCAUUGUUGAUUCAGAGAGCCAAGGAAGGCCGGAAAAUUCAAUCUGUGUGGUGCGAGUGCCCCAAUAACCCUGUCCUGCGAACACCGGACAUGCGUAGGGUGCGUGAUCUGGCAGACAAGUACGACUUUCUCUUUGUUAUCGACGAUACAAUUGGGAGUGCAGCCAAUAUCGACGUGACAGAUGUCGCUGAUAUUAUUGUCACAUCCUUGACAAAGAACUUCAGUGGUUAUGCUGACGUUCUUGGAGGGUGUGUUACUUUAAAUCCCAAGUUCUGUCAUUACCAGGAGCUCAGUAAUAUCUUUGCUGCAACUCAUGUGAACAAUCUCUAUGCGGAGGAUGCCAUCCAAUUGGAGGUAAACAGUCGCAAUUACCUCGAGCGCUUCACGCAGCAAAACAGAACUGCUGCAUAUAUUAUGGACUUUCUUCAGCCCUCUAUCGCUGAUCCUAACAGCGCUCUGACUACCAUUUACUCGCCCCGCGUUUGCUGGAGUCGUGAGUACUACUCCCGCUUCAUGCGCCCCGCCACGGACGAAUUCGAGCCUGGAUUUGGCUCCGUAUUCGGCGUUGAUUUCGAGAACACCGCACAGGCCUCGGCAUUCUUUGACAACCUCCCUGUAUGCAAAGGGCCUUCUUUCGGUGCAGAUGUCACCAUCGCCCUACCUUAUGUCCAAUUGGUUAUGCAGAAACAGAAAGACUGGGCAAAGGGGCAUGGGUUGAACGAGACCCUGAUUCGGAUUUCCAUCGGUCUCGAAGACCCAGAGGUACUCCUUGCGCACAUCAAAGGAGCUUUGCAGGCGGCAGACGCGGUCAAGAAGCAGGGUAGCUCUAACGGCCUCUGCAAGGAGAAUCAUGUUUAA